ACCCCAGGUAGGCCAAGUAUGGAGAAAUCAAAGAAAAGAAAAAUUUCUGAAGAAAAUAGAACAUUUAAUGAUGCCUGGGCAGAUUCAUUUGCAUUUACCUCUGACGAGAGCAGGUUACCAGUAUGCCUAAUUUGUGGUGAAAAACUGGCCAACAAUAAAAGGUCAAAUGUAGGAAGACAUUUCCAAAAUAAACACACAGCCUUUGCUGAAAAAUAUCCUGAGGGAGAAGAGAGAAAAAAAGCUGUUUCGGAACUGAUGUAGAAGGCUGAUCUGUGUAAAAAUCAAUUCAAGAAGUGGAUGAAGUCUGCAAAUUCAACUACCUAUGCAAGUUUUGUGGCCGCUUGGGAAAUAGUCAGACAUGGGAAGCCGUUCACAGACGGAGAAUAUAUGAAAGAGUCAUUCAUUAAGAUUUCAGAACACCUAUUCGAGGACUUUAAAAACAAGACUGAAAUUGUGCAGAAAAUCAGAGAGAUGCCUCUCUCUGCGAAGACUGUCAAAGACAGAACCAUAAAAAUGGCAGAAAAUAUCACAAAACAGCAAAUUAAAGACAUCAAUUCAGCCGCAGCAUACUCGAUCACCUGUGAUGAGUCCAAAGACAAAAGUGACAUUGAACAAAUAGCGCUGUUCUGCCGAUAUAUGAACUCUGAUGGACCACAGGAAGAAAUGGUUGAGCUGAUACCACUAAAAGGCCAGACACGGAGGGAGGACAUCUGUGAGGCUGUGCUUGAUUGUUUCAGAGCCAAAGAAAUAAAAACAACCCACCUGGUGUCAGUGGCUACUGAUGGGGCACUGAGUAUGACUGGAGCCCACAGGGGCUUUGUGGCAUUGCUGCAGAAGUCACUGGAUAGAAAGCUUCUGACGUUUCACUGCAUCCUUCACCAAGAGGCAUUGUGCGCUCAGACCUUUCCCCCAGAAUGCACAAAGGUAAUGAAUGUUGUCAUUCAGAUUGUCAAUAAAAUAAUGGCAAAAGGUUCAAAUCACCGUCAGUUCCAUUCGUUACUGGAUGAGGUGGAGAGCACGUACUCUGAUCUCCUGCUGCAUAACAGAGUACGGUGGCUGUCCAGAGGAGAGGUGCUGAAACGCUUUGCUGCAUGUCUGGGAGAGGUGAAGACUUUCAUGAGCCGCAAAGGGCUCACCUUUCCUGAGCUGGAACUGCCAGAGUGGCUGGAAAAGCUGCAUUUCAUGGUGGACAUGACAGCGAACCUGAACGCGCUGAAUACAACUCUUCAGGGGAGAGGAGGCACAGUGCUACACAUGCUGGAAGAGGUGUUAGCGUUUGAGCGCAAGCUGACAGUGUUUGCGAGAGAUUUACAGAGAGGAACACUGUCUCACUUCCCCUCCUUAAGGGAGUUCAAACAAGCUCACAAGGUGAUAAAGUCAGAGUAUUUGCAGUCUGCAAUCACCACAAUGCAAGCAUCGUUUGGGAAACGAUUCCGUGAGUUCAGAGAGGAAAAAGCUACAUUGUCCUUCCCCGUCACUCCCCUGACCAUCGACCCAUCCCUGUUAAAUGUGACUGCAUUUGCAGGUGUAAGUCAACCUGAUCUUGAGCUGGAGCUGGCUGACAUAGCCGACAAAGAUAUAUGGGUGUCUGAGUUUAAACGCCUGAGAGAUGAUCUUGAAAAUGUUUCCCGUCAGAAGGCCACUCUUGCUCAGAAUCACAAAUGGAGUGAUAUUGAGAACCUUCCAAGACCAGACAAACUCGUGUUUGAGACAUGGAAUGCCAUCCCCGACACCUAUAAAAACAUGAAGAAAUAUGCAUUUGGAGUCCUGUCGAUCUUCGGAUCCACAUAUGCAUGUGAGCAGCUAUUCUCCACCAUGAACUAUGUUAAAAACAAACACCGCUCACGCCUCACAGACGGCAGCUUACAGUCCUGCGUAAAGAUGAAAGUGACUUCCUACAGCCCUGAUUUGCAGGCGCUGUGCGCAGAGGUUCAGGAGCAGAAGUCCCAUUAACCAGGUCAAGGCUCCGCUACACGCUCCGAAAGCCCAAAGGAUGACUGCUCACGGCAUUUUUGUUUGCUAGAUGGAUAAUUUAAGUUCAGCUUUUUAAUUCAUUUGAAAGAGACCUUCAACUCUGCGAUUUUUUUUUUUUUU